GCUGCCGCUGGCAGCACGUUGGAUUGUAUAAAAGGCGGACACGUGCUUUUGACUUCCUCGUUCAUUUUGAAGGUGAAGUAUUCGCUGUUCCGCGUCCUCCAUCCAAUCUCCCUCAGCCUGAAGAUGUCCACUGUGUCUGCAGCCAGCCUGGAGUCCGCUCAUGUGACCGAGGGCACUGAGCAGAAGAAGCCACUGAAAGCAUGCUGCGCUUGUCCAGAGACAAAGAAACCCAGGGAUGCUUGCAUCAUUGAAAAGGGAGAGGAAAGCUGCACAGAGCUGAUUGAGGCACAUAAGGACUGCAUGAGGGCACUUGGAUUCAAGAUUUAACCACCUUAACAACUCUAUUUGUGUGUGUGUGUUGCGGUGUGAGUGGAGGACAACCCUGGCUUUUCCUUUUCCCCUGCUUAUUUAUACCUCGACGAGAGGGGACCUGUAGAAAUGAUGGAUUUAGACUGUGUGGGAAUGUUUUUUUUAAAUGUGCUCAUUUGAGAAAUGUGUGAAACCUAAACUGCUGUCUGUGAUUGAAUAAAAGUUCUAUGCAAUA